AUGUCUAAAGUAAUAUCGGCCUUUUCAAGUGGGUUUGAAGCAAAAAACGGGGUUGAAUACGAUCCGUACGAAGAGUAUUUCUCUCCGCAGCGUCCUGGGUGUCUUUAUCCAUUUUUAAGUCGAAAUUGACCAGGCUUUUUGGCCUUGAUAUUAGAUCUGAUGCAUGAGAUAAUUUGGAGUUGUUUUUUUCCAAAGAUUGAUAGGCAAUACCUGCCUUUAGUAUAGAAAUGUCUUUUAUAUGAGUUUUCACAGAUUUUACAUCGACUUUUAUCUGUGCGACUGCAGAAAUUUCCUUGUUUUCGACUUUACUUUUUUAGUGGACUUCUAGUGGGAAAAAGUUGAUGUUGUUCAUUGAGAACGGCCUGUAUACAAGUAUAUUAUGCUCUGUGCAGUUGCUAUGACGAUAGGAGGGCAAAUUAAGCAUAAUAUCUCACGGUUUUUUACUGAUUAAUUGUUCGAAAUUUGCGAUAUUACAUUAGAUAUAUUGUGGAGUAGAUUGAUGUUGAAAAUAUUGAAUUUUUGUUCGAAAAAUAAGUUCAUUGUUAUAUAAGGUGUUGAAAGGCGUGUUGAUGGUAAUUUUCCGCGUUUUGCUUUGAAAUUUGUUUGGUAUGUCUAAUUUUCAACUUUUAGAACUUAACCAAUAUGGCUGAAGAAACGAAGCCAAAGACAGUGUUGCCUGACAAGCCAUUCAUCAGGCUUCGAGGACUCCCUUAUUCCGCUCGAGAUGAUGACAUUAUUCAAUUUUUGGGUCGUAAGUCUUUUUGUUCUUGUUUUGUUUUUAGGUAUCUACUCCAAUAUAAAAUCUGGUCCAUUAUCCAUUUCAGCUGAUGUCCAUGUGACAUACAUUUAUUUCACUUCAAAUUCCGACGGCAAACCAUCCGGUGAAGCUUAUGUUCAAGUGAUGGGAGACGAUGAUGUUGCCAAAUCUCAAGAAAAACACCAGCAGAACCUGGGAAAUCGAUACAUCGAGGUUUUCGUCGUCGCCGAUGCCGACCAACUGAUCAAACGGAUCCAAAGCACCUUGGUGGACCGGAAUACGGGUGCUGUCCGAGUCCGUGGACUUCCGUACAGUUGCAAGAAGGAGGAUGUUUAUGACUUUUUUAAAGGUACGUCAAAUUUUUGAGGCGAUUUAUAUUGUACAUGUUGGAUACUGGUGGUUUAUGGUUUGAUAAGCCUGGAAUUGGAUGGGUGAAGGGGUAAUUGUCUUCUGAGGGGACUUUUUCGCUGAUUUUUUGUCGGAAAAGUUCGUAAAAAUUACUGUCUCUCCUCAGAACACAGUCACCCCUUCCGGGCGGAUGGCUGAAAAGUGGGCAGAGCGAGCUCAAAAGCCUGGGUCCCCAAAACGGGCGAGGAAAAAACGGUGCACGGUUUCGUUGUUUACAUGGUAUACUCUCUAGGUAUGUCGGUGGUCGAGGUGAUCUUCGGGAAGGAGCCAGGGGAAUGGGGCCGGCCCACAGGUGAGGCUUUCAUCCGGUUCAGUACGAAAGAGGAGGCGGACCGGGCUAUGCAACUAAAUGGGCAAUAUCUCGGGAAAAGGUAACGUGGUUUUUGGGUCUUGCAAUCUCUUACAAUUUCAGUUAUGGUGUGGUUAGUCUUAGCGGUCUAAAAAGCGGGUGUUUUGGGAGAUAUUCGGGGAGGUCUUUAUCUUAUACAUGGUGGAUAAAUUUUUUGGUAAUUUAGAGAAUUUUGAACGAGUUUCUUGAUGUAUUUUUGGUUUCUUGGAAAAUUUUUGCUAUAUUUUGCCUAUUUAAUCGAGUUUUGUAGACAAAAAAUUUUGAACAGUAAAAUUUCCAAGUGUAAUAUUUUUGAUCAACAAAAUUUUAGUUUUUGGUAUUUUCACUGUAUCAUUGCGAAUAUUUUUGCAGUCAUAUGUCUUUUAAUGAAUUUUUAUGUCUUUUUUGAGGGUCAGGAAAGGGAGUUACGAAAAAUUUUUUUUAAUUUUUUCUCAAACAAGUAUAAUAUUUUAGAUACGUCGAACUGUUCAAAGUCGAUUUGGAUGCCUUUGAGAACUUCAAGUUGAAGAUGGAUCCUAACAGAAUCAGACCGUUGAAUGCUGUGGAGAACCCUUGGGGCGGAUAUUACCCACCGCCGCCACCAGCUUACGGAGGUGGAUAUGGGUAAGAUAAGGUUUUGAGAAGAUUGGGGUUUAAAUUUGUUUAAAAUCACGAGUUUUUAUUUAAUUUCAAUUUCAGAGGGCCUCCACAAGAGUACGGGAAAUACGAAGGAGGAGGAGGAGACCGGGCUCCAUAGUAAGUUCUUAUUUUUAUUUUUGUUCUUAAUUUAGGUACAUUGGAUUUUCAAGAAGAUGUUUUUGAGACUUUCAAUGGUUAUAUUAUCUGUUGUUAUCUGUGCUGGCCAAAAAUAUACCGAGUUUAUGGCCAAAAUAUUACUUGAUGAUCAUGGAUAAUAUAAAUGGCUCGUAUUUUCAGUUAUGACCCCUACGCCUAUCGUCAAGGACCACCAGCCCCAUCCUACGGCGGUGGGCGAGGUGGUGGCGGCGGCGGAUACCAACCGCCACCAGCUUCCGCAGGCUACGGACAAGACCCGUAUUAUGGAGGGGGUGCGGCAAGAGGAGCCAGGGCUGGAUAUGGGCCACAAGGAGGAUACGGCGGUGGAUACGAUCGUUACAAUCAGUCCGAACCCCCAACUCCAAAUAAAAUCCAGAUGAGGGGUCUGCCAUAUAGGGUAACCCAACAACAGAUCUUCGAUUUCUUUGCACCAAUUCAGCCGACGGAAAUUAAAAUUGGGUAUUUGGAUGAUGGAAGAGCCUCUGGCGAUGGUGUUGUUGAAUUUGCGAAUGAGAGAGAUGCUAGAGAAGCUUUUAAGAAGGACAGAGAAUGCAUCAAACAAAGGUAGGGGGGUUAGGACGAGGUUUUUUAUAUUGUAGUAGGUGUAGAUGGGGAAGAUGAAAAAAAAAAUCUAAAAUUUGAUGUUUUUUAGGUGGGAACUGAUUUAUAUAGGGAAGAAAUGACAAAUAUAUUGUGAUUUUGUAGUGAAUAUAGUAUUUUUGACCUUGAAUUCCGGUAUCUUACACUUGAUUUUGCAGAUAUAUUGAGCUCUUCCCUGGCGAUCAAAUGAAACUCCCAGCCUCCACAACGUACAAGAGCAUCUACAAAUCGGCUGUAGACCCAUACAAGGUCGUGGAUCCGUAUAAAAUGGACCCCUACAAACCAGUCGACCCAUAUUCUCCAUACGGAGCUCCCGCCACCGCUCCUGCCAUGCCCGCUCAACCCUACGGCCAACCCGGAACAUGGAGAUAUUGA